CCAUUUUUUCUUUUUAAAUCUACAAUAAUCCAUACAAAUAUAUCAAUAUAAUACAUAAAUACUAUUAGUAAGGAUAUAAUUUACAGUUAUUUCAAGACGAUACGUGUAUAAUAAUCGAGCGUUGUGCGUCGCGGGAUAUGCGGGCACGUUUUAGUAUAAUAUAUAGCGAGGGAGAGGACAUAAGUAUGUUAAGUUAAAGAGGGAGAACUUGUGGACCAAUGUCAGCAGCAGCAGCUGCGUAAUACAGAUAUGUAUCAAGGAAAACGGAUUUCAAUUCCGGAGGCAGUUUUCAACUGAUAGGCGCUCGUUAAACUUGCCUCUGCAGUAUCGUGGCGCCGAGUUGAUGCCACAUUUAUUUUCUAAUCAAGGUUUACUAAGAUGCGAUUCUUCCUGGUAUUUGGUCUUGUGGUUUUCAUUUCACAAUGCUCUUGCAAUCCGAUUGGAGUACGACCAGCGGGUCUCUCUUGGCAAAACGCUUCCUCCUGGGCUUCGGCGUUGACAAUAAGAGUGAGAAAAAACACCGACGACAAUGGGUACAUCGAGGAAUGUGCUCCGGUUCAAAGUUGGCAGGAAGAACCUGGGGUCAUAAGCGUCAUAGCAUUUUUAGACGCGUCGUGGCAAUACAGCCAUCGACAAGCCACCAUGCUCAAAACACUUCAAGGUCUUUUAGAAAAGACUGGUAUAAAAGGUAUCCGAUUUUAUGUCGUAAAUUCGUCGGAGCCAGAAGCUACAGUUAGCGCUAUUGAAGUAGAAGACGAAAAAGAAGCUUGGGGAGCAGCGGAUCUGGCAGAGGAUAAACAUUUUUUGAAGAUAGAACGAACUAGAGAAGCCUUAAAGAACAAGAUCGACCCAAAUAUAGAAUUUAUUCAAGAUACGUCGGAGCUGAAAAUUUGGGAAAAGUUAUCUGCAUCGAGGGAUCAAGUUUUAGUUAUAGAUAAGUGCCGAAGGCUGAGUUACAGAGUAAUAGUGCCAUGGAGCAUAUUACAUUUUCCCUAUGUUAAAGCUGCAAUUCUUUCAACUUACAAAGAACAGCCAUGCGGAAGCUGUAACAUUAGUCAAACGGAGAGUGAAGCAGAUAUUGCCACUGAAACAAUAAUGACUACGAUUGAAAGUGAAAAAACUAGCACUGAACAGCCUUUGGAAUCCCUACCAGAGAACUUAAAUAUUGAUCAUAUGAGAGAAAUUGCUGUUAAAAAGUAUAAUCUUGAUGCCACCGAUAAUACCGCAACAAAAAAAUAUCAUGCUAAAGAGUCCCAGGAUAUUCCAGAGAGUGUUAUAAAACUUUUAAAUGGGAGUGCCAAUAUACAAAAAGGUAUCAAUAUCGCUGAUCUAUUACCAACGACAGUUGCAAAUUUGGAUGACAGCCAUGCGAUCAGCUAUUUACAAACUCCGAUUCCAGAAGCAGAGAAUAAACAGCACCAGAAUACUUCCAACAUUACGGACACUCCGAAUGUUGAUAACAAUACAAAAAUAGUACAGCCUGACAGUAAUUUAUCAGAAACACUUUAUAACGAUAACAGUGAUAAUUUGGAACUGUUAAUGCCUCAGGGAAUGGAAGAAAAUUCAACGGAUCGCUAUAGUGAAGAGGAUGAAAUUGAUUAUCUUGACAAUGAACAUGACCGGCGCAAGCUUGGAAACUAUGAAGCCCUCAAAUUGAAGAGUGGUUGGGAAAAUAAGGAUGGAGAAGAAAGUUCAGAGAUAAAUCCUUAUUCAUCAAACACUAACGAAUCCAGCAACAGUCAGAGUAAUGAGAGCAGCUCAGAGAUGAAAGUUUCAAGUCCGCUAGAAGCAUUGUUCGAGAAUAAAACUGCUAAUCAUAUAAACAGAACAGCACAAGAAUUCGGAGAAAUGAAUUCCGAGGAAUAUUCGCAGAAUGCGGACUACUUGAUGCCAAUUAGGAUAAUAAUGCACGCACCUCACAGGCAUGCAUACGAUGAGACAUUCAAGACACAUGAAUACCUGGUCCUAAAACUUGGAAGGCCAGAAUAUCACGGGCAUUCGCCAUCUGACGAAGACUUAUUUGGGACAAAUGAAAACAAACCAAAUUCUGAAAAUAACGAUGACAGUGAGGAAGGCGACAAAACAGAGCCUGGUAGCGAAGAAUAUGAAAACAAUGAUAACAAAAACCACCAACACCAUGGCAAUCAUCAUCAACAUCAUCACAAAUCAGAUCAAAAGAAGGACAAAGAUGAUCAUCUGGACAUUAUUUACUAUAAAGAUGAAAGCCCUGGUUUUUACGGAGAAGAUGCAGAAUAUUGGAAAGACCCUGAGAACGUAGAAUAUGACGAAAAGCUAGAAACGGAACAAGCUGAUAAGAAGACAGGACAUGUAAAGGGUACACAAGAUGCUGUGAAUUUUGACGAGGUAAGUAUCGAUAGCGCAACUGCCAAGGAGAGUACAUUCACAAAUCCGCUUGAGGAAAAAUCAGAGGAAGAUACCGCCAUUGAUGAUCAAAUUAUAAAAGAUAUUAUCGAAGAGGAGGCCAAGACAAAUCGUCUAAUUGAACAUUACAGUAAGCUUAUUCCAUGGCUGGACUAUGUAUUCGAUUAAUAACUUAUCGGCAUUUGAAAUUAAUAAAUUAGUUUUUCCUUAUAAAUCUAGAUAUUGUGAGUAUUUGACAAAGCUCACUCUGUAAAUACUUAUGUCAUGUUCAACAGUAAUCCUUGUAUGUUACCUUUCAUGCAUAUCCUUCAUAAGUACUUUCGAAGAUCAGGUGUAUAUACAAUAGUUUUCUUUAGCAAACUAUCUUGUAACGUAAUUUAAGUAGUUUAAAAAUCUGUGAUCAGGUGAAACAUAGAAUUUGUGAGGUGUGCUGUUUUGGUCGAAGUAGGAAACCGGUUACACCUGUGGAUCAGUUUUUUAUUCAACCUCUCCGAUGGUUGGCGAAUUUUAUAGCGGUCUAAAAUUACUUUAAACCAGUGAUAACUAUCUUUGCACACAACAACAAUUACUUUUUGUACAAAUUUAAGACCGCAAUAUAUGACAAAUCAAAACCAUAAUUUUGGUACGAAAAUGAUACGUCUAAAGGAUAGCCAUGAACUAGUAUCUUUUGGAUAAA